AUGUCCGUCGAGAUCGAUCCACAGGAGCUUGGCUUCCAUCGGCCCUUCACCACUGAGGUGUCGCAGAUCCUCAAGAUUAGAAAUCCGAAUCAUACUCCAGUUGCUUUCAAGGUCAAAACAACUGCUCCUAAACAAUACUGCGUUCGUCCAAACUCUGGCAGAGUUGAACCAGGGAAGGAAGUCGAAGUUACUGUUCUUUUGCAAGCAAUGAAGCAGGAACCUCCUCUUGACGCUAAAUGUCGCGACAAGUUCUUGGUACAAUCUGUCGCGAUCACUGCUGACAAGGAGUUUACUAGUCCUGGGUCGAUCUGGCAGCAUGUUGACGAUGCCGAGAAAUCAUCCGUCCAGGAGAAGAAGAUCCGUGUUGUCUAUCUUGCCGCGGAUGGGUCUGGAGUCGCCCACACCCCAAUGAAGAACGGGGCUAAUGGAGCAUCACAUGGAACCUUUGAAACACCACAAAGCGGACCUCCAGCAUACAGCACCAGCGCUCGUUCUCACUCUCCUGAAGAAGCCUUUACACCUGAUGACGCUUCACGAAAAUCUAUAAAUGCUCAAGGGCCAAUCUCGCGCAUCGAAGACGAACCAAGUAACGCACGAUCCAUUGGUGACGCCAAGUCUUCCGCAAGCAAUCCUGCCACAUCAGGAUCGAUUGCUUCUACAGUUGCAGCAGCUGUUCCACAGUCAGUGGACGAGUUGAAAGCACAGUUGGCGGACGCAAAGGCCACAAUUGCCAGUUAUGCAAAUGAGGGCGGAUUAAGAAUGCGAAAGAUUGCCGCCGGAGAAACAUCGAAUGCGACGGUGAACGAUGUGGCACAGCGAGUUCAAGCCAACCAAGGAGUUCCUCUACAAAUCGUUGCAGCUUUGUGUUUGCUCAGCUUCCUACUAGCCUACAUUUUCUUCUAG